CUGUUAGCGAGAGCGGUAGCGGUGUUGAAGCUGCUGUAGAAACGCUGCUAGCUGGCGGGGUUGGAUUAGCAGCGCGGAGGACAUUUAUGAAAUUAAUCGAUUAAUCGUUUUAGAUAUCAUAUUUCUAUGCGCCGUGUACAGAUUCUAAUCGUUUAAUCGGAUAUGUUUUCUCUGUCGUCCACCGUUCAGCCCCAGGUAACAGUUCCUUUGAGUCACCUCAUCAAUGCCCUGCACUCUUUGAAGGGUUCAGUGGCGAGCUCAGUCAAGCCUCAGCACAGAGAAAAUGCCCCAGAACAAGAGCUACACAGUACAGAGCCCGUGUUGAACCUCAGGGACCUCGGAUUGUCAGAGCUGGGAGCGGGUCAGCUGGAUAAGCUUGUGGACAGGCUGUUGCCUUAUGUGACUCAAGAUUCAUCCCCACCUCCUAGAGCAGGAUCAAACCCCUGGAAGGCCUCCUACCUUUCCACUGAUUCCUUCUUCCACAACAAACAUGGUUUCUCGGUUGCUAAGAUGGGCGGGGUUUCCCCCGUGUUCUGUAGACAGAGCCCCUCCCCUCUGCAGGCAGUUUGUACAGAUCUACAGUUCUGGCCUGUGUGGGUCCAAAGCCGAGGUUUUAAAACUUUGAAGUCCAAGACAAGACGUCUACAGGGAGGAUUUGACCGUUCAGCGGACACCGAUUCGUUCACGCCAUCUUUUAUGAAGGGACUUCUCACACGGGACAAAGGGCAGGAUGUGGAGACUUUAGACCGGCUCCUAAAAAACAAAAACAUUCCUGAUGGACAUCAUGAUGCUUUUAAGACUGGGUUUGCGGAGGGCUUUCUGAAGGCUCAGGCUCUUACUCAGAGAACUCAAGAAUCUCUGAGGAGGACACGGCUGUUCCUGCUCGUCCUGCUGCUGGUGGGAUUGUACGGACUGUCCAAAACACCGUUUCUAUCGGUGCGAUUCCGAACCACAUCAGGCCUGGACUCAGCGGUGGACCCAGUCCAGAUGAAGAACGUCACGUUCGAGCACGUGAAAGGGGUGGAGGAGGCCAAGAACGAGCUGCAGGAGGUGGUGGAGUUCCUCAGGAACCCACAGAAGUUCACAGCUCUGGGAGGAAAACUACCCAAAGGGAUUCUGCUGGUGGGUCCUCCGGGCACAGGGAAGACUCUGCUGGCUCGGGCUGUGGCGGGCGAGGCGGAUGUGCCUUUCUACUACGCCUCUGGAUCAGAGUUUGAUGAGAUGUUCGUUGGGGUCGGUGCCAGCCGCAUCAGAAACCUUUUUCGGGAGGCUAAAGGUAAUGCUCCGUGUGUGAUCUUCAUUGAUGAGCUGGACAGUGUGGGAGGGAAGAGGAUCGAGUCACCCAUGCACCCGUACUCCAGACAGACCAUCAACCAGCUCCUGGCUGAGAUGGAUGGGUUCAAACCAAACGAAGGUGUCAUCAUUAUCGGUGCUACAAACUUUCCUGAAGCUCUGGAUAAUGCUCUCAUCCGGCCGGGGCGGUUUGACAUGCAAGUCACUGUCCCCAGACCAGAUGUGAAGGGACGUACAGAGAUCCUCAAGUGGUACCUCAAAAAAAUCAAAGUAGACCCAGCUGUAGAGGCAGAGAUCAUAGCCAGAGGAACUGUGGGUUUCUCUGGAGCUGAGCUGGAGAACCUGGUGAACCAGGCGGCCCUGAAGGCUGCAGUGGACGGCAAGGACAUGGUGACCAUGAAGGAGCUGGAGUUCGCCAAGGACAAGAUCCUAAUGGGCCCGGAACGCCGCAGUGCCGAGAUCGAUAAAAGGAACAAAGUGAUCACAGCUUACCACGAAUCAGGCCAUGCCAUCAUAGCAUACUACACCAAAGACGCCAUGCCCAUCAACAAGGCAACCAUUAUGCCAAGAGGGCCCACUCUUGGUCAUGUGUCUAUGCUGCCAGAGAAUGAUCGCUGGAGUGAGACCAGGUCUCAGCUGCUGGCACAGAUGGACGUAAGCAUGGGCGGCCGAGUGGCAGAGGAGCUCAUAUUUGGAAAUGAGAACAUUACCACAGGUGCAUCAAGUGAUUUCGACAGCGCUACGAAAAUAGCCAAAAUGAUGGUGACCAGGUUUGGCAUGAGCGAAAAGCUGGGUGUGAUGACAUACACAGACCUCGCCAAGCAGAGCCCAGAAACACAAGCAGCCAUUGAACAAGAAGUCAGGACACUUUUGAGAGAUUCUUACGAGCGAGCUAAAGCUCUGCUGAAGUCUCGAUCCAAGGAGCACAAGAACCUGGCGGAGGCUCUGCUGAGGUACGAGACGCUGGACGCCAAAGAGAUCCAGAUGGUGCUGGAGGGGAAGACGCUGGAGAUCAGAUAGAGGGACGUACGCCGUGCGCAGAGUCAUGAAUGUAUAUAAAUAUGCAAUAGACGAUCUCUGUAAGCUUAGACUCCAGAACCUAUCCUCACCAACCUCAUUGUAUGUUUAUUUCUGAGCCAGCACUCGAGCGUUUUACACUAUAUUUCUUUUUCUGGACGAGUGAGGAGCACUAAACAUGUCUAUUUUUAAAAAUACACUCGUCCCUGCGUUUCAGAUCAGAUCUUCCCUCAGAGGAAUUCACCCAGUUGUGCUGUUAGUAGCUUACUACACCAACAUUGAGUGUGUUUACAUGCAUAAAGUCAUAUGAACAGAUCAUACUCAGAUCAGAUUUUUUUUAGCUUGGUUAGCUUGGAUUAAGUACUAAUAAUCUGAUAACCUCAAUUUAAUACUUUUACCCUGAGUGUUCGGGGUUAAUACAAUAUUUCUCAGUCUGUGCAUGCGCAAAAACAGACCCGGUAGCACAAAUAAGCGAAAACUCUGGUGUAAAAUGGACUUUUGCUGUAGUAAAACAUGAUAAAAGUUCUUAUCUUUGAUGAAUAGCACACCUCCGUUCUCCCACAGCGUUCUGAAAACCAGAACAUUUAACAGUUUGUCCAAACACCCUUCAGACUGGGUGAUACGGUGCAUAAUUUACCCUGAUAAAUUUACCGCUUUUUCCACCGUUAUCCAGCUCAAAGUAGCUCCACACCUCCUUACUAGAAUCCAGAGAGCCCUGACAUUUAAAACAAAGCAUUAAUAACUUAAAAAGUGCACAAAAAGUUCAUUAAAAACCACUGUUUAAAUCCCGUAACACGAGUUACACUAUGCAGAAUGCAGAAGCACUUUUUUAUCAUGUUUUACUACAGCAAAAGUCUAUUUUACACCAGGGUUUUCCUUUGAAAGCUAUUUUCACACCUGUACUUCGUUUCUCUGAAGCGUUUUCCCUUUGGUUUGGUUUGUUUUCACACAGGCACAAACCUAAACGCGCAAACAAACCAUGUGAGCAUGUUGUUUGCAAUUGAUCAAAUUGGAUUUGCCUAUCUGGUCAGCAUAAACGUAUCUGCAUAUGCUGUAUCUGUCUUACAGUACCAGUCAAAAGUUUGGACACCACUGAUUGGUCAGAACUGUCUGACGGGGAGCAAGAAGGUAAAUUCAAACCAGCACAUAUAUAGAUCUGGAAAAGAAUUAAGAGAGCACUUCAGUUUCUGAAUCAGUUUCUCUGAUUUUGCUAUUUAUAGGUUUAUGUUUGAGUAAAAUGAACAUUGUUGUUUUAUUCUAUAAACUACAGACAACAUUUCUCCCAAAUUCCAAAUAAAAAUAUUCUCAUUUAGAGUAUUUAUUUGCAAAAAAAAUGAGAAAUGUCUGAAAUAACAAAAAAGAUGCAGAGCUUUCAGACCUCAAAUAAUGCAAAGAAAACAACAAGUUCAUAUUCAUAAAGUUUUAAGAGUUCAGAAAUCAAUAUUUGGUGGAAUAACUCUGGUUUUUAAUCACAGUUUUUAAUCAUGCAUCUUGGCAUCAUGUUCUCCUCCACCAGUCUUACACACUGCUGUUGGAUAACUUUAUGCCUUUACUCCUGGUUUAGUUUGGUUUGAUGGCUUGUGAUCAUCCAUCUUCCUCUUGAUUAUAUUCCAGAGGUUUUCAAUUUGGUAAAAUCAAAGAAACUCAUCAUUUUUACGUGCUCUCUUAUUUUAUUCUAUAGCUGUAUUUUUGCAGUGUAGAGCAGGACUUAUCACAUUCUCACCACAAGUAGUGCUGGUGUGAAAAAACCUUACAACUGCACAUAGAGUCCAAACAUUUUCAGAGCUACACUAAAACUGAAGAAUUUAAAUAACCUUUAUCUUCUAGCUGAUGUAUAAUCAUAUGUGCAUCUAUUGCUGUUUGAUUUGUUAAAAAAAAAAAAAGGAAAUUACGUUUUUUUAAGGCUUUUGCAUGAGUUUAUUGCAAAAAUCUAAAACUGGCUAAAAAUAACUCCACAGUAAACUUUUCUGCAGUAAUCUGAAUUUUCAGUGCAUGUAAACAGACUCAAAGUUGGGAGACACACAGAUCUUUAUAAACCAGCUUUUAGUUCAUAAAUAAUCAGACUUAAUGUUCUUGCUGGUCACUCCUGUUUAGCCAAAGCUGUCUGAGAGUUUCGCUGAGGAGGUCUGUAGUAGUAGUGGCCUUCAGUAACGCGUAAGGGAAUGUACAGAUUAUCACUGAGAGGCUGAUGGACGUCUCGAGGCACUUUGGUAAGUGGUAAUGCUUACAGUUUGUACUGUUUCAGUUUACCUGCCUGUGAAAUAAUGCUGCUUCAACAGUCUACUUUCUGUCACUUCAUACAGUAGUUCUUCAUUAAUCUGCAAACCAAUCUGGAUCAUUGCUAUUGAAUUUUAAUGGGCAUCUCUAUUGUUUGGAAAAAAAAGGAUUCAGAUUGGAUUUGCCUAUCUGGACAUCACAAAUGUACAGUAUCCGUCGCAUCUGUCUUACUGUACCAGUCAAAAGUUCAGGCACACCUUAGAUUUCCUGCAUUGUAGAUAAAUACUAAAGUCAUUAAAACUGUGAAGAAAACAAAGGGAGUUUGUAUUUAGUAACCAAAAAGUGUUAAAAACAACCAGAAUAUGUUUUAUUAUAAUUUAGAUUCUUCUCUUGCUUAGAUAGAGACAGUUUUGCACAUAUAGGCUGUAUUUUCUCAGUCAGCUUUAUGAGGUAGAGUCACCUGGAAUUCAGGCUUUCAGUUAAAGGAAAACUUUACUGUGUAAAAUGUGAUGAAGAGUACUAAUCUUUGUUGAAUAGCACACCUCUGCUCUCCUGCAGCUUUCUGAGAUCCAGAAAUGUUGUGCUUUUUGCCCAGCACUCUUUACAACAAGAGCUUUGUGGCAUAAUUUGCCCCUGAUAAAUCAUCUUUUUACACUGUUUUCCAGAGCUCAAACUAGCUCCACAACUCAUUGGUAGAAUCUGGAGAGCACUGACAUUUAAAACUAGGCAUUAAUGACUUAAAAAGUGCACAAAAAAGCAUAUUAAAAACCACUGAUUACAACCUAUAGUGUAGCUCGGAGAUUAGGCUAUGGUACAGGUUGUAAACAGUCUGAGAAAGCUGUGGGAGAGCAGAGGAGGCCUAUUCAACAAAGGUUAGUACUCUUUUUCAUGUUUUACUACAACAAAAGUCAAAAAAAGUUAUCCUUUAAUUACUUGAAUUUCUUGUCUCUUAAUAAAGUGUUUGAGAGCAUCAGUUAAAGUAAAGUAGUGAAGAGGUAGAGUUACAGGUAUACAGUGAAUAGUGAAUAUUUGAGUAAUGUUCUAAUCCAGAUUAUGAGAAGCAAUACCUACUCAACUAAGUAAAUAAAAUAUACCUUAAGAAAAAAUGAAGGUCAGUCAGUUCAGAACAUUUCAAGAAUUUAGAAAGUAUCCUCAAGUGCACUCACCGCAACGACUAUCAAAAACAUGAUUAAAAUGGCACUCAUCAGGUACACCCCAGGAAAGGAAGAGCAAGAGUUCUCUCUGUGCAUUAGAGUUACCAGCCUCAAAAACUGCAAGUUAACAGCUCCACAGAUAAGAGCACCUAAAUUUCUAGAGUGAUACAUAUAUAGAAUUGCUUUCAGUUAACAGCUGUGCUGAACUCGUCAAGAGUUAAUUACUUGAGUUUCCUUAAAGAAAUACCUAAAGAAAUGAAGGUCAGUCAAUCUGAAACAUUUCAAGAAUUUAGAAUGUAUUCUCAAUUGCAGUCACUUCAAAGACCAUAAAAAAAUGUUAUGAUGAAACUGGCACUCAUCAGGACUCGUUACCAGCUUCAGAAACCGCAAGUUAACAGCUAGUGUUUAACACUUUUUAGUUACUACAUGAUUCCUUAUGUGUUCCUCCAUAGUCUGAAUCACUUUACUAUUUAUUUACAAUGUAGGGAACAAAAAAAAAAUGUGUGUCCAAAUUUUUUGACACACACUGACAUGCCAUAAGUCAUGGGACUACUGUGCUGUCUACUGCGGGCUGUAAUUAGCACCUUCUAUUGUGUAUUCUUGUACAUGCAUGACACUUUGAAACUUUUAGAAAUGAAACUUCCGUAUAGGUCUCGCUCUAACACAAGAUAACUCACAAGAUAGCACCUCACAACUUACACAGGUUAUUUGUAAGGUUAUUUUUCAAAGGCCAGGCCCUAAGGUAACACUGUGAUCAAAUUACAAACACUGUUGUGUCGCAAAGAUUAUUUAAAACAAUAUGAUGAAACUGGCACUCAUCAGGACCAUGACUUUUGGCAUGCCCGAUUCUAAAAGCCCACUGUAGGUGUGUAGAAGCUGAAGUUUCAGGCUGUCUAUGCUAUAUAUAUAUCCAUUGCUGCAUUAGUUAUAGUUAAAUACACAUUAUUAGAUUAUUCUCAAAUCUCAGUACAGUUUGGUUUAAUCUCUCUGUUUCUUUCCUAUACUGUUCUUAUUAUUUAUGUAGGUCUACCUUUGAGUUGAGACUCCGCCUUCAUAAAUAUGUAUGUCUUCCUUAAGUUACACGUGUGUACUGUGUAUAUAUAUAUAUAUAUACCGUAUGAACAAUAUUGCGUGGGAACAUUUUAUCUCUUUGUAUAUAGAUGUAUAGAGCACUGUAAGCCUGAGGUUUGAUUGAGUUUUAAGUUGAACCACGCUGAAGUUCGUGAAGCUGAAGAUUGUGAUGAAUGGGAUGCUGAAAAUGAAUAAAAGUAUAUUAUAAGCUA